UUUAUGUUUGUGCAGAGUGAGCUGACAGGGCACGGUCCGGUACACAACCCGAGUUCGUACGGAUCCGCACAGCAAAAGGGGGAAAGGUUUUGCGGACUUUUUCGCCUCACAAUGGGUACGCAAAUGUUUCGUUUAAGCUUUAAUUGGGCCGCUGCCGACGGGUCGAUCGAAAACCAUGCAUCCGCGGACACAAUCACUUCCUCGGAACCGGAGUUUUGCACGCUGGACGAUCUAUUGCGCUACGACCAGUGCCUGGUUCUGUCGGGCAGUGAGGAUCAAGAGCCGUGCGAAAUGCACCUGACCAUAACCCCAUUGUACCUGGUACGGGGCGUUUCGAUCAUCGCCGAAUGUCCUGUCGUAGAAGUUUACUAUGGCCGGUUGCGCGAAUACAACCGUACCGUGCACGGGGAGCUGCUGUACACGAUAGUGGAUGGACAUGUGUAUCGGUACGACUUGAGCAUCGAGACGGAGACCAGUGAGCUGCACGUGAAGUUCAUUAUGGACGAUCCGAGCGAACCUGUAUCGCUGUACACCACGCACCUGUACCUGAUGCGCAAUACAGACCCGUUGCGUGCGAUGAGGAUGAUGAUGGCGGAGAGCAAACUUAUUAACCCGGACGCUGUGCAGCAGCGCCUGCAGGGGGCUACCCUGUCGGAGCGUGCGGAACGGAGCAAACGUUUGAUACUUGGCUCCAUGCUUUCUGCGCAACAGAACUUUGAGAACAACAACGCUAGACUAUCAUCGAUUGCAGCUGCAGCAGCAGGAAGUAUGCCGCUGGACAACAUUGACAUUGCGUAUAGCAACGCACAGUCAUCGGUUGUAGCGUCCACGCCGUCGAAUCACACCCCGGCUACGAACAACGACGGCCAACCGGCGGCUGCUGCCGCGUCGAUGCUCGAUAACAUCCAUGCUGUAAACAACAACGUUCAAUCAUCGGCUGGUAGUGGCGUUCCUGGGUCGGUGCUACCGGGUAUGGCAAACCAAGCGCUUUCUGUUGCCAAUGGGAAUAUCGAAACCAGGAUCAAACAGUACAUCGACGCCAAAUUUAUACAGCUUGAGCAUUUUGUCGACAAUCGACUGGCGGACCUGGCAGCUCGUCAAGAGCAAAAGCUUGACCGUUUGCUGGAACUGCUACAAGAGCGACGAGAAUCGGCCCAAAAUGGAUCGAACGGAAGUAAAGCGGAACAAUCAUUUCCGUUGCAAUAAAGCUACCACGAUCUCUCCCUGUGUGGGAAGUACCUCA